AUGCAAAUGAUAGCGAUUGGGGGCUCUAUUGGGGCUGGUCUGUUCGUUGGCUCCGGAGUAUCAUUAACCUCUGGGGGUCCCGGCUCUCUUGUAAUCGACUUUAUGAUCACUGGCUUUAUGCUGCUUCUGACUCUAAAUGCCUUGGGAGAGUUGGCCUCCAUAUACAGCUAUUCAUCCCGCUUCAUCGAUCCAGGAUGGGGCUUUGCUAUGGGCUGGAAUUACGCCAUGAACUGGAUGGUAGCUCUGCCCUUCGAAUUGACUACAGCUGGUAUCACUAUCGCCUUCUGGACCGACCCCAACGACACCGGUAAGCCAUCCAUAAACACAGGUGUUUGGAUUGCCAUUUUCCUAGUCUUUGUUUGCGUCAUAAAUUUCUUCGGCACUAGAGGCUACGGUGAAGUCGAGUUUAUAUUGGGUGUUCUAAAAGUAAUGGCCAUUACUGGCUUCAUAAUCGUUGGCAUCAUUAUUGACUGUGGAGGUGUCCCGACUGACUCCCGAGGCUACAUCGGUGCCAAGUACUGGAGUGAUCCAGGCGCCUUUCACAAUGGCUUCAAGGGCUUCUGCUCCGUUUUCGUGGCGGCUUCAUUUGCCUACGGUGGAACAGAAUUGGUUGGACUAGCUGCAGCCGAGUCGGCAAACCCACGAAAAACGAUUCCCAAGGCAACAAAGCAGGUCUUUUGGCGGAUCAGUCUCUUCUACAUCUUAUCAUUGCUUAUACUAGGCCUGAUAGUCCCUUCCAAUAAUCCUAAUCUCUCCAGGGCCUCGGAUCGAGAGACUCGAUACUCGCCAUUCGUCCUCUCUUUCCAGCUAGCUGGGAUCAAAGUGCUUCCGUCUAUCUUUAAUGCUAUUAUUACCCUCAGUGUCCUCUCAGUUGCUAACUCCUCUACGUUCGCAUCGUCUCGAACAAUACAAGCUCUAUGUGCUAAUGGCAUGGGUCCCGCAAUCGGGGCUAAAGUCGACAAGAAGGGCCGUCCAUGGGUUGUUAUGAUAGUAGUCCUUCUCUUUGGCUGCAUUUCUUUUAUCAGCGAAGCUCCUGAUGGUUCUAUUGCCUUUACCUGGCUUCUUUCCAUAGCCGGCUUAUCCAACUUUUUCACCUGGGGCUCCAUUUGUUUCGCCCACAUUCGCUUCCGUAAGGCAUGGGCCCUUAAUGGUCGUUCCACUGACGAUUUACCUUUCACUGCUAUGUUUGGCAUUAUCGGAUCUUGGAUUGGCCUUGGUCUCAACAUACUCUGUCUUAUUGCUCAAUUCUACAUAGCUAUAUCCCCCAUUAGUCGGAAAGCUACAGUUCAAACCUUUUUUGAAGCUUACCUAGCCUUUCCUGUUGUCUGUGUCUUCUUUUUAGGCUACAAGAUACAUAAGCGCCAGUGGACGGCUGGCGUCGAUCUCUCUUCUAUCAACCUUGAUGAGGGCCGCCGAGAGCUAGACCUUGACGCCCUAAAGUCAGAGUUGGAGGCUGAACGGCAGCUCAACGCCUCUUGGCCGUGGUGGAAGAGACAAUGGCAUUUUUGGACAUAG